CCACACUUCCAGCCCACCGCAUCCACCGUAUACCUAUUAUUCAAAAAGAGACAGACGCGUCCGUUUCGUGUUCCGAAUCGCCUCUUCGACUGCACUUCCUUCAAAUUACACAGCAUGGCGGACCGCAAGGGCGCGUACGGCGGAGGCGGCGGCGACACAGAUUUCCGCAAGACAUACGACCGCGAAGAAUAUGCCCGCCGCGCGAAAGAACGAGAAGCGAAGGAGAAGGAAGAAUCGAAGGCCAGAUAUGAAGCCAAGAUGGCUGGCAAGAAGUACCACCGCCGGGCUUCUACGCCUGAGGAUGUGCGCAUGACGACAGCGCGAGAAGCCAGGCUAGACGUCCAGUCACGAAUAGGAACAACACAGAUUGUAACAGGUGGCGGGGUGGGUCGUAAGAGCGGAGUUGGCUUCGUUUGUUCGAUAUGCGACCUCUCCUUCUUCAAUAACCACGAGUACAUCGAACACAUUAAUUCUCCGGGACACUUGGCGAGGAGUGGGCAGUCCGCCGAAGUGGUGAAGGCCACACUGGACGAUGUGAGGGAACGGCUACGAUAUCUCAGCAGGAAGAGGAAGGAGGAAUCCAGGGUGGAUGAGACGGAUCUAGAUAAGAGGUUAGAGAAGCACAAGGAAGAGGAGGAGCGGGAACGGGAGGAGAAGCGAAGGAAGCGGAACGAGAAGCGGAGGUCGAAGAAGCAGCAGGAUGACUGGUGAGCUGCGUCUCCACCGGUUCGUAGGGUGGAGGCAAACGAGAGCAGCGCUGGUCUUUUGGUUUCCGUGAUAGAAAGCACUGUGGUCACGGCAAGGGCCCUACAUGAGUAGUGCAUCGCACUGGAGGACUAUGGCAUGGGGAAGGAUCCGAAGUUGCGGACCUGGACGAAAAGCGGAUCGAGCAUUUCUGGCGUUUGGUAGAUACCCACAUCCGGUUCGUAGUAUCGCAAGAUAGGUACUAGAGGCGUGGGUCACAUUCAUCGCAUACCAACAAUUGUG